UUUGACAUUGACAGAUAAAUUGUCCUGUCAAAAGUGUGAUGUGUGAUGGCGUGGAGAGUUGCGGAUUACGAGUAAAAUUUUAAAUAUUUCAUCAUGUCGGUGAAAGUUGAAAGGGUCCCGGAAAGUAUUGACUUUCCAAAAGAAGAAGAGAAAAUAUUAAAAUUUUGGAAAGAAAUCGAUGCUUUCCAAAGUUGUUUGAAGCAAUCCAAAAAUAAACCCCGGUAUUCCUUUUACGAUGGACCACCAUUUGCAACAGGUCUGCCUCACUAUGGCCACAUUCUUGCUGGAACAAUCAAAGAUGUUGUUACCAGAUAUGCUCACCAACAGGGCUAUCAUGUAGAAAGGCGUUUUGGUUGGGAUUGCCAUGGCUUGCCUGUGGAAUUCGAGAUUGACAAAACUUUAGGCAUAAAAGGUCCUGAAGAUGUGGAAAAAAUGGGCAUUGAUAAGUACAAUGCUGAAUGCCGUAAAAUUGUGAUGAAAUAUGCUGAUGAAUGGGAAACUAUCAUUACAAGAAUGGGGCGCUGGAUUGAUUUCAAAAAUGACUACAAAACACUGUAUCCUUGGUUCAUGGAAUCAAUUUGGUGGGUAUUCAAAGAACUUUUCAAUAAGGGUUUGGUGUAUCAAGGAGUAAAGGUCAUGCCUUACUCGACAGCCUGCUCAACUCCUCUGUCCAACUUUGAGUCAGGACAGAAUUACAAAGAUGUUGUUGACCCAGCUGUCGUAGUCUCAUUCCCAACUGCGGAAGGGUUUUCUUUGCUGGCUUGGACAACAACCCCAUGGACACUCCCAAGCAACUUAGCUCUUUGUGUCAACCCCAAGCUAUUAUACUUGAAGGUCAAGGAAAAAUCAACUGGCACAUGUUAUGUUCUUCAAGAGUCCAGAUUCCCGGUGAUUUUCAAGAAUGUCGACGAUUUUGAAGUCCUUGACAAAUUCCUGGGUGAAAAGUUAAAAGGUACAAAAUACACACCCAUUUUUGAUUACUUUGUUAAACAAUGUCCCAAUGCUUACCGCGUUUUAGUAGAUUCGUAUGUCACUGAUGAUUCUGGUACUGGAGUGGUACACCAAGCACCAUACUUUGGUGAAGACGAUUUCAGAGUUUGUUUAGCUGCAGGUAUUGUCACCAGAGAUCAGGAUAUUAUUUGCCCAGUCGAUGCAAGUGGGAAAUUUACUGCACCUGUGAAUGACUUUUUGGGCCAGUAUGUAAAAGACGCCGAUAAAAAUAUUAUAGCUAAUAUCAAAGCACGCAACCGACUGGUACAACUUGGUCAGGUAAAGCAUAGCUACCCAUACUGUUGGCGAUCGGAGACUCCUCUUAUUUACAAAGCAGUGCCAUCUUGGUUUGUAAGAGUUGAACAAAUGAGUCAAGAUCUUUUAAAGUCUAGUGAAGCUACUUAUUGGGUACCCGAAUACGUAAAAGAAAAGCGAUUCGGCAAUUGGCUAAAGGAUGCCCGAGACUGGGCUAUAAGCCGCAACCGAUUUUGGGGAACUCCCAUUCCCUUAUGGAUUUCCAGUGAUAAACAGGAAGUAGUUUGUGUAGGCAGCAUUGCUGAGUUAGCAGCCUUAACAGGAAAAGAGAUAACUGACUUGCACAGGGAAAGCAUUGACCAUUUGGAAAUUCCAUCAUCACGUCCUGGACAGCCGCCAUUGAAGAGGGUAAGUGAAGUGUUUGAUUGCUGGUUCGAAUCUGGCUCCAUGCCAUAUGCCCAGUGCCACUACCCAUUUGAAAAUAAAAAAGAAUUUGAAGACGUGUUCCCAGCCAAUUUUAUUGCUGAAGGAAUAGAUCAAACAAGAGGUUGGUUUUAUACAUUGAUUGUGCUAUCGACAGCACUAUUUAAUAAACCACCUUUCAAAAACCUGAUUGCCAAUGGUCUGGUUCUGGCUGCAGAUGGUCAGAAAAUGUCUAAAAGAAAGAAGAAUUAUCCAGAUCCUCUGGAGGUAGUUAAGAAAUACGGAGCAGAUUCUUUACGACUUUACCUGAUUAAUUCUCCUGUCGUUAAAGCCGAGAAUCUCCGAUUCAAAGAAGAAGGAGUCAGAGAUGUCAUCAAAGAUGUAUUCUUGCCUUGGUACAAUGCAUUCCGAUUUUUGAUGCAAAACGUUGAAAGAAUUGUACAAGAAGAUAAAGUAAGUUACAAGUUCAAUGAAAAGGCCGUGAGAGAAAAUGUCAUGGACAGGUGGAUCACUUCGUUUACGCAAUCCUUGAUCAAUUUCGUGAAAACUGAAAUGGCCGCGUAUCGCCUGUACACAGUCGUUCCGAGAUUGACCAAAUUCAUUGAUCAUCUCACCAACUGGUAUGUAAGAAUGAACAGGAAGCGACUAAAGGGUGAAGGUGGAGUUAAAGAUUGUCAGGUGGCAUUAGAUACUCUGUUUGGUGUCCUUUUCGAUAUGAUCAGAGUUAUGGCUCCUUUUACGCCUUUCUUAGCAGAGUUGAUGUACAAAACCUUACGUCAACUAUUGCCUGGCGACUCUCUUGAAAGUGUGCAUUAUAACAUGAUCCCUGACCCAAAGUUGGACUUAGUUGAUACAGAUAUUGAAAGGGCGGUACAAAGAAUGCAAUCCGUCAUUGAGUUGGGAAGAGUCUUACGAGACAGAAAGACUAUUCCCAUAAAAUAUCCAUUGCCAGAAAUGAUCGUCAUCCACCAGGAUCAGACUUACUUGAAUGACGUGAAGUCGUUAGAAAAGUAUGUAGUUGAAGAAAUGAAUGUGAAAAAAGUACAAUUUACUAGUGACAAAGAAAAGUAUGGUAUCACUUUGAGGGCUGAGCCUGACCAUAAGAUACUUGGUUUGCGAUUAAAGGGUGAUUUCAAAGCAGUUACUCAAGCACUCAAAGAUCUCAACAACAGUCAAUGUGAAAAGCUUGUGGCGGAUGGUUUUAUUAAUCUUGUCGGCCAUCGCAUUGAUGUUUCUGAAGUGAGAAUCAUUUUCCAAGCAACAGGAAAUGAUCAAUACGAAGCUCAUAGCGAUAAUGACGUGUUGAUUCUGUUAAAUGUGACUCCAGAUCAAGAUAUGUUAGAUGAAGGAUUUUCAAGAGAAAUAAUUAACAGAGUCCAGAAACUUCGGAAGAAAGCCCAUUUGGUGCCUACCGAUGAAGUGGAUGUUUAUUAUUCGGUCCAUAAAGCUAGUGAUAUUGUGCGCAUCAUAAAUUCACACCGAGAUUUCAUUGAAAGUACCGUAAAAGCACCAUUGGUUCCGAUAGAAAAAUUAACGAAAUCCAAACCGGUGGUGAUUGAAGAAACGCAAGAACUCAAAGGCUCGCAGUUGAAAUUGGUAAUUACAUGGAGGAAGGAGGUGGAGUUGCCGGCGAACCCUUGGGCUAAUAUUGUUCUUCAAGAUAUAACUCCUCGUUUCGGUGCGUCAUCUAAUCAAGCUAGUAUUAUCUUGAAAGAUAAAGAUAAUAAAUUUAUUACCAUCGAUAAAUUAUAUCGCGAAGUGGAAAUACUGUUUGGACUUUAUGGCAUCAAAUUUAAUUUAUGGUGCGCAGGAGCAGAAGUGAAGGACACAACUGGCUUGAAUACUAAAACCAUUGUAGUAUCCCCAUCUCAGCCAAAGAAAUGUGAAGCAAUUACCAGCCCUUACUGCAAGUUUAUCAAUGUUGCUAAUGGCUCUAAGACUGUUACUGUAUUUUUAGAAAAUCCUUUAGGUAAAGCAACAUUGGAUAAAGAGGGUUCUUUAGAAUAUAUUACCAACUAUUUGGGAUUGAAGCUUAAAGAUGUUGAUAAGAGUUUAUUUAAAGUCUAACUUAUUUAUUGCUUGAUUGUAUUGCUAAAUGGUUCCCCCGUUGGCAGUGAAUUUGAAUUAUCUCAGACAUUUUCUUGAAUUCAUAAGUAUUAUAAAUCAUUCUAUGAUACAAGAAUAAGUCGCUAUUAGACUCUCAUUUACAAAUAGUUUCAUUCACUGCCAACAUGCUCGUUGUUGUUUCUCUCGGUAGUUGAAACUUUUGUCCUAACUUAACUUAUUGUAUCUGUUUAGCAUAACGUAUUUUAAAUUAGAUACUUCUUAAUUAAUAUGCGUAUUAUGUAUGCGUCUACACAGAUUAGACCAUUAGCGGUAGCCACACUAUUUACUGUGGCCGCAACCAAUGGCCUAAUAAGAUUGUACUUUUUCAUACCUGUUUUACAUUGUGAUGUUUGUCAUUUAAUUACAUACAUGAAAUGUAUUCUCACGACAAAUAAAACGCCAAAUUCA